CUCCACCCCGGGCAGCAGGGGGAAGCAGCGCGGAGCAGCGCUCUCCCACAUUCGGCGGAAACGGCGAGGCUCCCACGCCGGAGGCGGAGCUCCGGAAUCGGCCAGCGGCGUCAGGCGCGGCGCCGGCGGUCCCGACCAUGCCUGGGGAUCACCGGCGCAUCCGCGGGCCCGAAGAAUCGCAGCCGCCUUCGCUGUACGCGCUGCCGGGCCAGGAGGACGACGACGACGAGGGGGCGGCCGGGGCCCGCGAUCCCGCGCGGCUGCGGCCGGUGUACGCGCGCGCCGGGCUGCUGAGCCAGGCCAAGGGCUCGGCCUACCUCGAGGCCGGCCGCACCAAGGUGCUGUGCGCCGUGUCCGGGCCGCGGCCGGCCGAGGGGGAGCGCGCGGGGGCGGCGGCGGCCGGCGCGGGCGGCCGCCUGGUGUGCGACUUCCGGCGGGCGCCCUUCUCGGGGCCGCGGCGGCGGCGGCCGGGCGGCGCGGGCGCGGGCGGCGGCACGGAGGAGCGCGAGCUGGCGCUGGCCAUGCAGGAGGCGCUGGAGCCCGCCGUGCGCCUGGGCCGCUACCCGCGCGCCCAGCUCGAGGUGUCGGCGCUGCUUCUGGAGGACGGCGGCUCGGCCCUGGCCGCCGCGCUCACGGCCGCCUCCCUGGCGCUGGCGGACGCGGGCGUGGAGAUGUACGACGUGGUGGUGGGCUGCGCCCUGAGCCGCGGCGCGGGCCCCGACGCCGCCUGGCUGCUGGACCCCACGCGCCGCGAGGAGGAGCGCGCCGCCGCCGGCAUCACGGUGGCGCUGCUGCCCGUGCUCAACCAGGUGGCGGGGCUGCUGGGCAGCGGCGAGGCGGGCGAGGCGGAGAGCUGGGCGGCCGCCGUGCGCCUGGGCCUCGAGGGCUGCCAGCGGCUGUACCCGGUGCUGCAGCAGUGCCUGCUCCGCGCCGCGCGCCGCAGGGGGGAGGCGGCGGGCCCGGGCCCGACGCCCGCAGCCGCCGCCGCCCGGACGCCCUCCGAGGCCGAUGCUGCCGCCGCCGCCGCCGCUGCUGCUGCUGCUGGGGCCGACGCCGUGGCCCGCGACCCACCUGAGGACUCGGAGGCCUGAGAGCCGCCAUCGGGAGGGCGGAGGAGCCCUCCCCCUCCCCCUCCUCCUUGCCCUCAGCCCCAGGCUAUGGACCAAGGCCUGGGCGUUCAGGAGCCCCACCCCCCUCCCCCUCCCCCUGACCUGCUGCAGCCCCAGCCCACUGGAGGCCGCCAGCACCGCUGC